AGGAAAGGAAAAGGAAAAGAUAAAGGAAAAACCCUCGCGGCCUCAUAAACUCUUUGGUAAUGGAACUCUGGCGGCUGCCCCCGUCAACUUCUCCGUCUCCGUUCAUGUUUGAGUUCAGCGGCUGCCGGCGAGUCUUCAUCUAAAGCACAAUAACCCCUUGCUCCUUCCUCUUCUCCGUCUCUGUUCCGAUAAAUUGCAGCGGCGGAAACACAUUGUUUCAAGGCGACUCCUCUCUUCUCCGGCUACUGAACACUCCAUUUUUCUUCGCCUGAUUCAUAUCCUUGUUCACUGAGGAUUCUUCUGCUCCCAAUUGGAGCCAAAGAAAAUCGACAGAUAGGUAUAUUGAUGCUGGAGAAAUUUGUUACAGGAUUUUCUUUCCAAAGCCGAUUCAGACAACUGAAAGCUAUCGAACGGACCAUUUCUUACAUCUGAUCUGCUAAAACCCUGACCCGGGGAAAAAAAAAGAACCCUAAAGUCAUGAGACGAGCUCUGUUAAGAUUCGGUCCCCUCUAUACUCGCAAUCUUCUCUCCCCUCCAACUUGCAGACCAAAUCCUAUUUCCCCUGCCGUCACUGUGACUUCAACUCCCUGGAACCUCAGAUUCUUGUCAUCCGAAAAUGAUUCAUCCAACGAAAGCCCUACUGUUCCCGAGACUAGUUUAAUCCAACCAAAGCAGAAAGAAGUUCCGGUCGAUAUCAAAGAAGUCAGCAACAAAGUGUUCAAAGAUCUGAUAGAAAAGUACUUAAAAGGCGAUGAAGAGGUACUCCCCUUGAUCAUGGAAGCCAUCAUGAAGAGGAGGCUACUGGGGAACCACGAGGAGACCGACGAUGAAUUGAUGGAGGAGUUCCGGCACCAGCCCAUUGAUGAUGUUAAGGACAAGGAGUUCGAAUCGGACUUUGAGGAGCUCUACCCCACCGAUGAGGAGAUCGACAAUUUGUACAAUGCCCGGCAAUACGUGGAGAAGAAAAUGAUGAAGGAUGAGUACUUCAACAUGGAUGACCGCAAGUGGGAUGAGAUGAUUAAGGAGGCCGUGGAGCAUGGCCAUCUCAAGGACACCAGGGAAUGCGAGCAGAUUCUUGAGGACAUGCUCAGCUGGGAUAAACUACUCCCAGAUGAUAUAAAGCAGAAGGUGGAAGCAAAGUUCAAUGAGCUUGGUGACAUGUGCGAAAGAGGAGAGCUUGAACCUGAAGAAGCUUAUGAGCAGUUCAAGGAGUUUGAGGAUAAGAUGGUUCUGGAAUGUGCAAAGACGAUGGAGAAAGAGCCACCACCGAAGUUUGAUGAGAUCACUCCAGACAAGAAAAUGGACACUGAUGACCCACCUGGUGAGGGUCCUAUACUGAGGUGGCAAACAAGAGUUGUUUUUGCUCCAGGUGGUGAUGCAUGGCACCCCCAAAACAGGAAGGUGAAACUCUCCGUCACUGUUAAAGAGCUUGAGCUUUCAAAGCAUGCUUUUCGCCGGUUAAGAGAAGUAGCUGGAAAACGUUACCACCCUGGUAAAGAUGAGCUUACAAUAACCAGUGAGAGGUUUGAGCACCGGGAGGAGAAUAGGAAGGAUUGCCUAAGGACACUAUAUGCCUUGAUUGAGGAUGCAUACAAGGCAGAUAAGCUGGUGGAGGAGACAAGAGCUUCAUAUGUCAAGGACAGACUCAAAGCCAACCCUGAGUUCAUGAAGAGGUUACGUGCGAAGACCAUGGAAAUGCGAGCCUCUCAUUCUGCUCAGAUUUGACAUUUUGCUCAGCAUCUGUUGUGGAUAUGGGUAGUUUUUACUUCGUGGUGACACGUGCAGGAUGGUAUGUUGUAUCAGCAUCUUCUGCACAAUAGAGGUUUAUUUCAGAGGAUAACCAACUAUAGGAAUUUUGUGAGGGUAACACAGGCCUGGCCCUGGUCAUUUAGGGCUGCGCUGCUUCCUGGAGAGUCGAGUUCCACAUAAGAGAAAAAGAUUGCUCUUAAAUGUUCCGUCACCUCUUGAUAUUCAUGGAGGAUAUGAGCUCUUAUCUUUUGUGAUAGAAUUUUCUAUUUUCAUGGUUAUUAAUAAAUUAUAUGCCUUCACUGUGAA